AUGCACAUCACAACCACCGCAAUCCUCUCGGCCCUUUUUCUGGCCAACCUUGGCCUGGCCGUGGACUGCCAAAACAGGUCAUACACGACUUGUGAUGACACCAAGACCGUGCAGUACUACGAUCUCGACACCGGCGAGCUUUGCCCUGUGAUCGACUGCGGUGGCGGCCGGGCGCCCCCCAAGACCAACGAGCCGUGCUGUCCCGCCUACAAGGGCACUGAUGCCUGCGUCAAGACCAAGGCGACGCUGGCCUGUUUCAAUGACAAAAAGCACAUGACUUCGACCGACACCUCGUCACAUACUAGCACGAGCGCUGCGACCAAGACGACAGAUGACAGUCGGCCCAGCACCGCAAAGUCAGGGUCUGAGUCCGGGCCAACGGCGGCGGCGCAGACAGGAACCUCGACAAAGACGGACUCUGCAAAGGCUGACCAGAUCACGCCGGCGCCAACACGCAGCGAUGCUCCGAACGGCUCUGCCGCGGCGGCAACUACGACGGGGGUGAAGGGGGCGGCGGCAGGCCAAUUGGCUCAGGCUAUGAGGGCUGUGGUGGGCGUUGCUGCCGUGGGCGCUGUUCUGGUGGUUUGA